CGUGUUAGCUAGCUAUAUCGCCCGAUAGUAAAUAACCCAAUUCGAAUUGCUAGCUAGGUAUAUCGGGUAGUAUAUUGAGUUAGCUAGCUAGAUCGCCCGAUAGUCGAUAUUUUUUUUCUCCUUGGGACCUAUCUGUAAAAAGAGCGCAAAAAGAUAAUUAAAAUUAACAAAGUUAUACGAAUUAGAAGUCCAAAGAGCAUAAAAUCGUUUCCAAUUGCCCCAGUUUACUCUAAAUCUCUCAUAAAGCAUAUUUUUUCCCUAUAAUAGAACAUGUCUGAAAUUAUGCAAUUGUAAAAACUAGAAGUAUUUUGAUCGCUUUUUCGAAUGGAGGAUGAUAAAUUAUCUUUCGGUCUACUUUUUAAUCAGAUAUUCUUAAAAUUUUUAUUAGUUUCAGAAACACAGUUGAUUAGAUUUAAUUAAUGAUUUUUGAUACUGAACCAAUUUCGUCGUUUUGUUAAAAAGCAUUUUUUGAAACAGCACUCAGUUAUCUGCAAAUUCACAUUACAGGAUAUCCGUGCAGUUUCCAUGAAGACUCAAAAGAAAGGAGGUUUUAUUCUCACAGAACUAAGUUAACCGGAGGUUGAACGAUGAGAUCAGUUAGAUAAGUCCAUUGUGAUAAUUUUCUAUAUUCUCGGAAGAAAUGAAUCAGCUCUUAAGUUCAGAACUCACUGAAAACAUGUUUAUUAACAUCGUUUCAUAAUAGAAUAUGGGUGCGAGUUUAUAAAGCAAAACAACUUUUCUUUUCUUUUCGCUUCUAUUACUUGAACUCUUCAACGUGAGUAAGAGAAAUUGAUCAAGCAACACAACAGUGAACGACUAAUAUUUCUGCAAUGGGUGGAAACAGAUAUUUAAGUUUGUUGUUUUACUGGACAGUUUGUCGGUUAACUGUAGUGGUAAAACUGUAAUAAUAUCUUUGUAAGUGUAAAACUGUAACAUUAACAGUUUUAGUUUUAUAGUUAAUUGUAACUGGUGUUUGACUAAUGCUAAGUAUUCUCAUAAGCCUAAUUGGUUUUCAUCUCAGAUCAGUGGAUAUUUUUAAAUAUGGUGAGGUUCAUUCGAUGGAUAGUAAGCAUUUCGUCAAAUGGAUGGAAGAAACUGUUAGAACGUUACGAGCUGAAAGCUGCCAAAAUUGCCAUUUUAAUCGCGACACAAUAAAUUAACGGCAAAAUCAGAACCGCCAAAACGAGCAUGGUGUAAAGGUCAAGCUGCGGACUGGUUAGCAGCCAGAAGAGUUAGAUUUGAGCCUUCUAAGUCAAAAGCAGAGCUGUUUGCGAAUUUUUCACCUCAUCGAUUCAUUGUUGAUCAAGUAGCUCUCAAACACGAUAUUGGAAUAGUCCGUAACAGAAUGAAUGGUUGUCAGCUUUAGGUCCUGAAUAUACUACUGGAUAUUUUAAACAUGUCCAGAAACAUGAAGAAAUAUUUCAGGCAGCUGAUCGAUUAGCAGAAGAACUCGAAAAUGAACUUGUAGUCUCUGAUAAUGAAACUUCGGCAGCAUGGGACGACAAAGAAGAAGAGAAUCAAGACUGUGACACUCCGCCACUGAAUGAAAUCCUAACUACAAAUAAACAUCGCCACGUUCAUUAG